AUGGCGGCCGUGGACCCCGAAAAAGCUCACCACAAUGUCGCUGCGGCGCCCGACUCGUUGACCGACUCGCCUUCCCACAUUGUCAACGAAGACCGCCUGCGUCGCUCGCUCUCAGCACGCCAGGUGCAGAUGAUAGCUAUUGGAGGUACCAUUGGAACCGGUCUCUUUCUUGGUACUGGCAAGGCCCUCGCAACGGGAGGUCCUGCAUCGCUGCUCAUCUGCUACUCGAUCGUUGGCUUCAUCGUCUUCUGCACCAUGCUGUCGCUGGGCGAAAUGGCAGCGUUUGUGCCGGUUGCUGGAUCCUUUUGCACCUUUGCGGGACGCUACGUCGACGACUCGUUUGGCUUUGCGCUGACGUGGAAUUACUGGUUCAACGACGCUGUCAGCACGGCAGCCGACUUGGUUGCCCUGCAGCUGCUAAUCCGGUACUGGAGCGACAGUGUGCCGUGGUAUGCGCUUGGUAUCGCUGUAUGGGUACUUAUUGUGCUGGCCAACAUUAUCAACGUCAAGGCUUACGGCGAACUGGAAUACUGGCUGAGUCUGCUCAAGGUGGUGACCAUCAUCAUCUUCAUCAUACUAAGCAUUGCCGUCAACGCCGGUGCAAACACGCAUUAUGGGUACAUUGGCGGCAAGUUCUGGACGAUUGGCGACGCUCCGUUUGUAGGGGGCAUAGGCGGCUUUGCCUCUGUCUUCGUAACUGCAUCUUUUGCCUUUGGCGGCACAGAAUCCAUUGCCAUUACCGCAGGCGAAACACGAGACCCCGCUCGCACGCUCCCCCGCGUCGUCAAAAACGUCUUCUGGCGCAUCCUCCUCUUCUACAUCCUCACCGCCAUCAUGAUCGGCUUCAACAUCCCCUACAACUAUCCAGGCCUCAGCACAAAGUCCAGCCGCACAUCCCCCUUCACCAUCGCCUUCCAGAUGGCCGGCUCCAAAGCCGCAGGUUCCUUCGUCAACGCCGUCAUCCUCACCAGCGUCAUCUCGGCAGGAAACCACGCGCUAUACGCUGGCUCUCGCCUCCUCUUCACCCUCGGCGCAAACGGCCACGCCCCCAAGGUCUUUACAAAACUCACCCGCUACCAGGUCCCCUGGGUCGCCGUUGCCACCACCAGCCUCGUCUCCAUCGUGCUCUUCUCGCUCUCCUUCGCCGGCUCCGGCCAAGUCUGGACAUGGCUGCAAAACAUCGUCGGUGUCUCCAACCAGCUCAGCUGGAUCUGCAUCGGCAUCGCCUCACUCCGUUUCCGCGCAGGCCUCAAAGCCCAGAACAAAGAACACCUUCUCCCCUUCCGCAACUGGAUGUAUCCAUGGGGUCCCGCCAUCUGCAUCGUCCUCAACUCCUUCAUCGUGCUCGUCCAGGGCUGGACCGCCUUUAGCCCGCGCUUCUCCGCCAUCGAUUUCGUCAGCUUCUACCUCGAGCUCCCCGUAUUUUUCGCCAUGAUCCUCGCCUGGAAACUGCUCAAGAAGACUAAAUUCGUGCGUGCCGCCGAUAUGGAUCUCGUGACUGAUGUGUAUACAAAGGACGACAUGGAACCUGAGUCUGAGGGCUGGAAGACUAGGGGCAUGAGAAUUGCAACGUGGUUCUGUUUCUAGAUUUUUAAUAUCACACUUGUUGUGGUGUAGACUUUUCAAAAAUCGCUUACAACCACAGUUUGAUUGUUUUUUGGACAUG